AUGGUUCACAUGAACGAGAGCGUGAAUCCCAACAUCUCGCGAAAUCCUCAUGUGACGAAAGGUGUGUUCGAUCGCCGCCCAAUCUACUGCGAUGGACCAAUACUUAGGACGGUCCAGGACUCGUUUAUGUUCCCUGAUUCGAAGCAUUUCGUCGACAUGUCGUUAAAAUUCGAUCCAAUUGCGACAUUGAGGAACUUCGACGAACUUGGCGAUAAAGCGAAGGAUAUUGCUGUACUUAGAGAAUUUGUCAAUUCUCAUUUUAAUCCUCCGGGAUCGGAACUCGUGGAAUGGGAUUCGUUUUGGAUAUUGAAAGGUCUCAUUUUCUCUGAAAUGUACGAAACAGCGAGAGGAAUCAUUAAAAAUCUUGCGUUUAUGGUCGAUAAUCAUGGGUUUGUGCCAAAUGGUGGCCGUGUGUACUAUCUCACACGUUCCCAGCCACCGCUCUUAAUACCAAUGGUGUACGACUACUUUCUCGGUACCGGCGAUUUAGAUUUUGUUCUGGAGGUGCUACCAACACUUGAGAAGGAAUAUCUGUUUUGGAUAAAACAGAGAUCUCGAAUCUACAAAGACGAGAAUGGUACAGAAAAAUUCCCAUAUUACCAAUAUAGAGCGACGCUGAAAGUCCCACGUCCAGAAUCAUACCGUGAAGAUUACGAAAUGGUUCACCACUUGAAAAGAGAUGAUAUAGAAGAGAAGACGCGUAUGUGGUCGGAAAUUGCAUCGGCAGCCGAGACAGGCUGGGAUUUUUCGACGAGGUGGUUUGCUCAAGAUGGUGAAGACAAGCAUGCAAUGAGAAGUAUU